CAAGCAAUUCCCCUCUCCCCCUCCCGGCCUCCCCUCCAUAUCAGAAACUCUCUAAUACUGAAGUAUGCAUGACAUUGCAUCGGAACAGAAAGCCACCGCGACCCCACGGUACUAUCACCGAUAUCCAAACCCCCUCCAGAGCACCCCAGAAUACCUCCAAUAACCUAACCACCAACAACAAUGACCUCCAAAUUCGAAAAACUCCUCAUAAAACUAGGCAAACCAACCUGGGCCCAACACAUCCGUCACGUCCAACACGCACACGGCCCCCAAAAAACCAAAAUCGAUCCAGAAUGGGCCAAGGACAUAAUCAAGAUGGACACCCACCUAAGGGAAAUCGGGCAACGCGAGAUCUAUCUCCGAGAGGAGAUCAAAGUGCUGACCUCGGCUGACCAGCAGCCACUAACGUCCGAGCAACGUGCACAGCUGGCCAAAUGGCAAAUGGAGCUCGAGGACCUGGCGAGGAAGUACUGGCAUCUGGAGCGGGAGUUUUACCGGCGGGAGGCGUCUGUUCCGCCUGGGCCGUUGCAGAGGGCGUAUGCUACCUGGAGGAGUAAUCCGGAGUGGUAUCUGUUGGGGUAUUUGAGGGAUGAUUGUGCGGGAAGGGGAGGGUGUUGUGGGAGGAGUUGUGGGUGUUGUGAAAGGGCGAGGGAUACGGAGAAGAGGAUUCGGUUGGGGCAUUGUACGAUUGAGUGUGGGUGUUGUCGGAGGGCAAGGGGGUUUGAUUUGAAUCAUGAAGAUCGGGUGAGGUAUCAGAAGUUGUUUGAUUGUGAUUUGAAGGAGAAUGAGGCGUUAUGGGAUUCGUUGAAGUUGGCUUAUGUUUUUGGGUUGGUCUGAUACUUAGGGCUUGAGUGUUGUGGACGUGACAGCCUGCGGCGCAGAAUAAUGAUGUUGUGAUUUGAGCACCGGGAGAUGGUAGGUCAUACUGUUGGAGUUAAUCCUGUGAUAUUAUGAAUUUGUUUUUGUAAAGCAGGCACAUACCGUUACAAAGCUUCAAAAUAGUGCUUUGUAUUCUGCCAACAGAGAUGUUUGAGACUAAAACCAUGAGUUCCAGCUCCACGCUGUUCGG